UAAUGUCAUUAUUGUGAUGUGUAAAACAUCUCUUUCUCUCUCUCCAGGAAUCGAGGAUUAAAUUCAGGGAUUGCUCGAAUUCGCUCUGUGAAAUCGGAUACAUCAAUAUGUUACUCCGAAAACUAUAAUACCGAAAUUGUGGAAUCUCAUAGAAACCUGUUAGAUGCAUCGGUGUGUUCAACGAGAUCUUUCAAUGCAUCACCAAGCUCUUCAAACUCGUAUAUGAAUGUACGCACUCUUUUUUCAAAAGCCGGUGCAAAGAGCAGAGUCGAGCAAGAUGAUGAUUUGGAGGAUGCUUUUUCCGAACUCGAAGCUCCACUUGGUGCAGUCCGAAAAGCUGCUUCUGCAGAUGACGUAGAUGAUUCAAUGUCUGAAUCAGAUCUGUACGAGGGUGAGAGUGUCACUACUGAGGGUGAUGCUGAAAAGAAAAGUUUUCCCAAAACUAAUCCUCAUUCAGCAUUCACAAAGGCUGUACUGGGUGCUCCGAUUGUAUCGGUUUCUUUUGCAUGGAUGUCGGAGUGGUUGGAGCAGACAAAGCUCCUUGAGUUUAACGAGAGUAAUUACGCCUCUCGUGUUGAUUUAAUCGUCAAAGUCCAUGGUAUACCCAAGGCAGAAGAGUACAUUAAGCGAAUCCCCGAAUCUUUUAGAGGUGAAAUUGUCUACCGUACCCUACUGGCAAACUGCGUCUCUACAGGCAAUGUGAAGAAAUCCGAAGAUCUCUUCAACAAAAUGAAGAGCUUAUUCCCUGUUACAUGCUUUUCUUGCAAUCAGUUGUUACUUCUGUACAAGAGAACCGACAACAAGAAAAUUUCUGACGUUUUGUCGUUGAUGGAGAAAGAAAAUAUCAAGCCAUCAUACUUCACUUACCACGUUUUGACAAGUGCCAAAGGGUUGUCCAAUGAUAUUAGUGGGAUGGAAAAAAUCGUCGAGAAAAUGAAGACUGAAGGGGUGGAACCUAAUACUAUAAGUUUAUUAAAUACUAAUGCGUGAUUGAACGUUUUGAGGUGUAGAGGUGCUUUUGUGUGUCACGUGCGGCGCACGUGCGAUUUUCCGUCCAAACUAACUGGACAAAUGGACGGAGGGACAGAAAUGGCAUAAAAGUGACAUGUUUAGGGACGAAAAUUGUAACUUCAUCUUGUUUAGGGACGAAAAUCGUUUAAGUGGUAAUGUAUAGGGACGAAAAGUGUAAUUAUCCCC